AUGGGCAGGAAGUCUAAGUCUAAAGUUCCUCAACAGAAAUUGGAUUUAUCUGAGGAAAUAAUAAGUAAUGAAUCUAGGAAAGUUGCAGAUUAUAAUUAUGACCUAUUACAAAGUGGUAAUCCAGAUAAACAAUUUGAGAAUGAUUUAGAUUAUCUACUUGAAUCAGUAGAUAAUCAACCACUGUGCAGUUCAGAUUCUAAAGAGCUGUUUAUACCUGAUGAGAUAGCUAUCUAUGAUGAGGCAAUCUUGCACGAUGGACCAGUGCUGAAGGGCAGAAGGGCUAAAAAGUUCAAAAUAACGCUAACUGAUAUCACGAAAGAUAUUAAUGAUAUCAAUUUCUCUUCUGAUAGUGAAAACGAAAAACCUUUCCAGACGUCGAAGAUGAAGAAAGAGAAAACUCAAACGAAAGCCAAAACUGAUUUGGACAUGGGAAAAAUAGAGAAACGAAUUGUGGAAGAUAAUCCAGAUGAAAGAGAAAAUCAUUCGCCUGAAUCUGAGGAAAUAAAGCAAAGACGAAAAGAAAAGAGGCAGAGAAAAGAUCACAGACGGAAAUUAAGAAAGGCAAACCAGCAGGAAUUUAAUAACGAUUUAAUGACUGAACAAUCUGAACCUCUGAAAGAUAUAAAUGAGAAAAUAACUUCGGACGAGCCAUCCGAUCAGAAAAUGAAGAGAAACCCAAAGAAAGAUAAGAAGAAGAAGGCAAAAACCAAUACUGAUGAUACCAAAAAAUACAAAGAAGAUAUAAAACACGAAGAACCAGAAAAUAAUAAAGGGCCUCAUAAUGUUGAAUUAACCGAAGAAGAAAUCGCUGAAGCUUUGGAUAAGGAAGAAAACGAAAUAGAUUCAGCUUUGAAUGAAAGUCUUAAGAAAUCCAAGAGAAAGAAUCGUAAGAAGAAAAAACAGGCUAGGGACGAAAAUUCAAAUAAAGAACCGUCACCAAACUCAACGAUAUUAGUUAGCAAGACAGAUGAAUUGAUCACACUUGAUGAGUUAAAGAAUCAGAAAGUUGUGGACCAAGAAUAUUCUAUUUAUGACGAAGAAGCAAAUUUAACGCGUAAAGAAAGAGAUAAAUUGCAUCGUGAAAGACUGUCAGAAGCAUCCUCUAAAGAGCUGAGGGAGAAACAUAGCCCAUUUGAUGUUACGCUAAGAUCAACAAAGAAAGCUAAUACCAACAAGAAAUAUUCUGACUCGUUACCUGCUGUUCAAUGUAUUAAGACGAUCAUUGGUCUUUCACACCAACAGAUUUUAUCUCUUUCUUUAUCUGAUGUUAAAAUCAAAACAAUUGUUUCAUCCUCUUCGAUUUCGAAGUUUGCACAUCACGUAUUAAAGUUUGUUAUCAAGUAUUCGCAUGAUUUAUUUAGUGACGACCAAAAGAAACAAACUUUUUUCAAAUUAUGUAUGCAUGUUGCAUUAUAUGAGUCAUCUGGGUUCAAGAAGACAGUUCAGUCAUGUCCUCAUGUACUUGAAUGGUUCGGCCAUUAUGACGAAUUAACCUUGGAACAGACGCACACUAAGCUAACUCCUUCUAGUCGAAAUAUCCAUCAAAAUAACUUCGAUUAUUCAGUGUUGGCAUAUAUCGGCCAUGUACUAAUUUGGGCAGCAUAUCAGCAACGUCUGAAUCAUAUGCCUACCUUUUUCAACAAAUACAAUAUAGAAUUGCCUGUCAAUGAAAUUGAAAAAAGUAUCGGUGGUUUCCACUUAUGGGAUCGUUUGAAAAAGAUGCAUGACACGAUGAAUUCAAAGAGAUGGAAACAUGUUGUAAAAUUUAGACAAGCAUUUGCAUACGAAGAGGACCAAUUUAUGUUAAUUUUACGAUUCAUGGACGUUGAUAGUACCAUACCUUGA